AUCACUAAAAACAGCGGCAUUAUUUUGUAUAGAACGUAAAAUUUAUAUAUUCUUAAUAAAAAGUGGUGUAAAAACAGUUAAGCAUGUCUUUUAUGAACCCCGUGGAUAUGGUGGACGAGGACGCCGCCGACCUACAGUUUCCCAAAGUUGAGCCUCUGGGGAUUGAGCGUUUCGCAUAUGCUCGCCCAGAUUGGAACACCAGGAGCUCCACGGUGGUGUACAAGCCACACUCGUUGCACAGGCAAUUGGAGCAGCUGGAGGAAUUGGCGCGGGAUGAGAAUAGCGCUGUUCCAGUGACUCCAAAUGACUCCAGUCGCUGUGCCACGUGUCGCUGCAGUCUAGCAGAACCCUACAUAAAGUGCUCCGAGUGCCUGGACAUCGUGCUGUGCCUGCAGUGCUUCGCGAGGGGAAGGGAGGUCUCCUCGCACCGCAACAACCAUGCCUACAUCAUAGUCCGCGACAGCAUCCAGGUUUUCGCCCAGGAACCGCAUUGGACGGCCCGGGAGGAGCGAAUCCUGCUGAAGACUCUCCGCACCCAGGGCUACGGGAACUGGGAAGCGGUAUCCCAGGCCCUGGACCAGCGGCACGAUCCCUCGGAAGUGCGACGCCACUACCACGAUUGCUACUUUGGCGGUAUUUUUGAGCGGCUGUUGAAACUAAAGCAUGCCAGGAACAGCUACCUUCCCGAGCGGAUGCCGUAUGUCUUCAAAAUGCGCAGCCUGGAUCCACCGCGACAUGAUGACAUCGCCUCCAUGCAGUUUAAGAAUAGUGCGGGCUAUCGGUGUGCAAGGGGCGACUUCGACACUCCCUAUGACACCUCCGCGGAGAGUCUACUGUCCAUUAUGGUGGAUCAUAGAGGCAGGGAUGAGGAUCAGGAGACGGCGGAGAGCGAGGUAGAGCGCGAGGUGACCGAGGAACUGCAGCUGGGAUUGGUGCGGGCCUACAACAAUCGCCUGAGAGAGCGGCAACGUCGAUACAAAAUCAUGCGGCAGCACGGUUUGAUAAUGCCCAAUCGCACUGUCAGCUGGAUUUCCAAGUAUAUGCACGCCUUCAGCAGCGAUACAAGUUGCAUGCGUUUCCUGGGCUUCAUGCAGAUCUGUCCAGAUCCCAUUCAGUUCGACAUGCUCUUGGAGUCUCUCCGUUAUUGCCGGGAACUGCACACCUGGCUGCAUAAGCUUUAUGAUCUGCGACAGCACGGCGUGCGCACACUUUCGGGAGGCAAGCUAUAUGCCCGCCUGUACAAGGAGCGUCAACAGGCUUAUCGGGACUACGCCAGGCAGAAGCAAUUGGACGGCUUCGACUGGCAGCACUUGGUGCAGCACUACGAGAGCAACCGCAACGGAGAACAGCUGCCACUGGGCAUUAGCUCGAAAUUAUUUGCCAUGAACACCCGCCGCAAGGCGAGCCCCAUUGAGAUUGGAGAUCUGCCUGGUUAUUCCAAACUGGACGAUGGCGAGCGAAAACUGUGCAGUGUGGUUCGUUUGGUUCCACAGUCUUAUCUAGACUACAAAAACCAACUGGUUUCGGAGCACGCCAAGCUCGGAUAUCUUCGAUUGGCCGAUGCGCGUCGUCUCAUCAAAAUAGAUGUGAACAAAACGCGUCAGAUCUACGAUUUUCUGCUGGAACAGGGCCAUAUUAGCAGGCCUCCAUCCUACAGCUAGAACUUAAUCAUUCUCCAAUGUUUCACUUAGUUCGAAAAUGCCGAGACGCUGCUGAUAUCGGAGGUGCACAUGCUGCUCGAUCAUCGAAAACGGCAGAACGAAUCCGCCGACGAGGAGCAGGAGUUCUCGGAGGUGUUUAUGAAGACGUACGCUUAUACAGAUAGUUUUCG